CGGUUGUCCUCCUGCUCAUGACUCUGAUUUACGGGUCUACAGCUCUGCAGCAGGAUGUGCAGGUGAAGCUCAGAGAGGACGUCACUCUUCAGUGUCAGAUCUCCACAGAGGAAACCAUCUCAGUGCUGAAGUGGAGCAGAGCUGACCUGAACACAGACGGCUACGUCUACUUCUACAGGAACAGGCGCUCCUAUGAAAACUACCAGCAUCCAUCUUUCCACGGCCGAGUGAAGCUGAGGAACCCGGAGAUGAAGGACGGAGACGUUUCUCUGAUCCUGGAGAACGUCACGUUUAAUGACACUGGGAUAUAUGAGUGUCACAUAGCAGUGAGGAAACCUGGGAGCAGUAACAGAGCUCACACUGAGAUCAGCCACUUCAUCAACCUCACAGUCACAGGUGAAACACAUGAAAACAUGUUGGAGCAGCAAAUUGUGGAAAGAGGAGAUGGAAAUAUUCAUGAUGAAGAAGCAGAAACUCGGACUGUUCUGAUCACUGUUGUUGCUGCUGUUGUCGGGUUUUUGGCAUUUUUGAUAUUUAUAAUAAACCUUUUUGACCUGCGUAAGAUCCAGUCCUGA